AGGGGGAGGUCGUGAUGGGCGUGUUGGGGGUGUGAGUAUUUCCAGCGUAACAUGGACGGUUUCGUUGGCGUGAGCUGGGAAGAGGAUGCUAUAUAUAUAAGGGUUGCGGUGUGUACGAGCGUGAUCGUCGUGGAUCGCUGUCACUGUGGCAGUAGGUAGCGGUUAGUCGGCCAUAUCUUGUGUCGUGUGUGAAGGGCGAAGAUGGAGAAGAAGAAAGUGGGCGUGCGAGAUCGGUCGUAGUUUUGGAGAGCUUUGACUGACGAAGGUUGCAGGUUGUUGUACCUAAAAUUUCAAGAGAAAUAUCGCUGGCAUGUGUGCAGCAGGGCAACAACCGACGAAUUUCCAAGAGGAUCAUAGCUGGCAUAUGUGGCUGUUUCACUGGCUGGACAGCGGCUCUUGCAUGCGGGCUAUGACAUAGUUGUGUGUUCUUCGCUGGAUGGACCGCGGACUCGGAGGUGGUGACCGGCAGGUGGUUUGGCGGCCUGCCAGUAGUGCUUACCCUUGUUAUAGCUGACUCUACGUGUCCCCAUUUCAUUUGUGGUGUGUUGACUCUCCUUGUCCCGAUUGCAUUUGUUUGACUCUCCUUGUCCCGAUUGCAUUUGUUUGACUCUCCUUGUCCCGAUUGCAUUUGUGGGUGUAUCAGUGCAACAACUUCCAAUGUUACUGCACGGUGAUUAGCACGUGGGGGAAAGCUCGAUUCGAUUGAAGUUCCUCCGAUUUGUUUGGUUGUUUUAAUUUGGAUUUGAAGCAUUUGAUUUGAUCUGAUUUGAUUUGAUAUGAAGCAUUUGAUUUGAUUUGAUUUGAUUUGAUAUGAUAUGAUGUCGUCUUUAAUUUCAUCUGCUUAGAACUAGUCCAGGUCCGUGAGGCCGAUUUGUUUGGUUGUUUUAAUUUGGAUUUGAAGCAUUUGAUUUGAUUUGAUCUGAUGUGAUUUGAUUUGAUAUGAUAUGAUAUGAUGUCGUCUUUAAUUUCAUCUGCUUAGAACUAGGCCAAGUCCGUGAGGCAUUUGGUAGGUCGAUCGUCUUUUUCUUUUGUUUGGUCUUACUCGAAGUACUGAAAUCCAGACAAAUGGUUGGUGUUUCAGCUCCCACACUGCCAUAGCAAAGUGGAAGGUGGUAUCAGGCAGCUACCUGGAUGUGGUAAAACAACUUCGAUCUACUACUGGUGUGAUCGCCUCGAUUUUGAGUCUUGGACGGGGAGCUCGUCUUGGACGGGGAGUUCCUAGUUUGUUGUAUGACUAUAGGAGUAUAAAUAGAUUAAGAUUGCUUAGUGGAAUCUAGUCGGCAGAAAAUUAUGCCAGGUCCUGAUCAUUUGCUUGAGUUGGCAUCCCCUUGCGGUAGCCAGCAGUUUGCUUGAUCAUAGUCUUACUGUAGUGUACACGUGUGGUGACCGUAUUUUGUUUUGCUGUACGCAGAUUUUGGUGUUCUCUGUGUAACUAGAAGAUUGUGAAAUCCAAGGGAGAGAGAGAGAGAGAGAGAGAGAGAGAGAGAGAGAGAGAGAGAGAGAGAGAGAGAGAGAGAGAAGAGGGGGAGGGAGAGCAGGAACGCAAUCAAUAUGGAGAAUCCAGAGACAGAUAUUGUGGAAGUGGUGAAGGGGCUCGUGCAGAACCAGAGUGCGGAAAAGCAGGCGCAGAUUGUGAAGGACUACUUCGCUCCUGUGGUUUCUUUUCGUGACUUCUACACCAUUGUUACUGGACCUCGUGAAGUACUUUCCUUGUACCAGUUCUGGGCUGGAAUGAAUGUUGAGUUGUGGCCUGAGGUCCAUGACGUGCUGUACAACAAGGGGGACAAUACCAUGGUGGUUAGGUUGACGCAACACUACCGGCCUUGGUUUCAUUUUUACAGUGGGUGUCAGGUUGAAAUCCUGGCAGUGCUAGAGCUUGCCAAUUUCGAGGAAGUCGGGCCAGAUGGCGUGCGUAAGGAAGUGAAACGAAUCGCGGUGCAGCGGAACUAUUACCUUGCUGACCCUUACGUGCGGUCAAUCCCUGUGCUUGGGUCCCUUCUUGAAGGAGAACUUAUCAAGGGUAUUACAGGCCUGGCGAUAGGAGCAGCGGCACGAGGAGUGAAAGCUGCAGCAAAUCUGGGCCGCAGAGCUGUGCAUGCUGCAGCUCCUGUUAGCUUGCAGAUGGGCCCUGAACGCACGGGUUUGGGUGAGUUGAAUUGAUGUGCGUUGACUCCCUAAUCAAGGGUAUCAAGGUCUUGCACUAGGAGCAGGGGCACAGGGGAGUGAAAGCUGCAGCAAAUCUGGGUUGUAGAGCUGUGCAUGCUGCUGCUCCUGUUAGCUUGCAGAUAAGUGCUGAACGUACGGGUUUGGGCAAGUUCAAUUGACGCACGAAUGUUGACUUCCCUAAUCAAGGGUAUCACAGGCCAGGCUCUAGGAGGGGUGCGAGUAGUGAAAGCUGCAGCAAUUCUGGAUCACAGAGCUGUGCAUGCUUCAGCCGCUGUUAGCUUGCAGAUGAGCCCUGAACGUAUGGGUUUGGGUGAGUUGAAAAUUGACUAGUGAAUAAUGACCCCCCUAAGCAAGGGUAUUACAGGCCUGGCGCUAGGAGCAGGGUUACCUUAAGUGAAAGCUGCAGCAAAUCUGGGUCCCAGGGUUGUGCAGGCUGCAGUUUCUGUCAGUUUGUAGAUGAGCCCUGAACGUACCGGUGGUGAGUUGAAAAUUGACGCCGCGAAUAAUGACCCCGUAGUAAGGGUAUUACGGGCCUGGCGCUAGGAGCAGGGUUACCUUCAGUGAAAGCUGCAGCAAAUCUGGGUCCCAGGGUUGCGCAGGCUGCAGUUUCCGUCAGUUUGUGAUGAGCCCUGAAUGUACCGGUGUGGGCGAGUUGAAAAUUGGCGCGCGAAUGUAAUGUUGACUCUAUCUGUCGACUAGAUCAGGACAAACGCGAAUACAAUCUGCAUGGCAGACGCCAAUCGCACUUUGGAAUAAUCCUGCGAACUGGGUUGUGGGCCCCAAUGGAAGUGGUGCCAAUGUCGUGAAAGUUUGCCACGAGGCAGCCUGGGGAAAACUCCAGCAUUACAGUUCUGACAGGUAGUCAGACCUAGUACGGCUGGGAAAAGAAGUCAGUAGCUUGAUGGUAAUUGCGUGUUGUUUUUUUUUGCUGUUUCUUCCCUGAACUUGGAUCAUUCCUCGAUAUCUGUGUAUACUGGGUGAUGCUCAUCAUGCUCUCGUUUUCUAGAAGGCCAUGCAUUUUAACUAACUACCUGACAGUGUAUUAUCAGAUAAGGGGCAGAAACCCGUGAAUCAGAUAAAUAAAACACUAUGUA